GGAGGAAGUCAACUUGGAAACACCGUGGAGCGAAACUCCCUCUUGUUGCAGACUGAACUGGCCCCGGCGGUUGGCGGCUCUGGACGCAGGCAGACGGCGGCUACACACACCGGGUUGUAAUGAACCAAAGCGGCCUAAAUUCACAUCAGCCCCUCCGUACCAUACGCUACCUGGAAGUUUAAACUUUGCUUCAAACUUUCGGCGGGUCCGAACUCGUUAAGUCGUGUCGCCUGGCUGGCCCGUAACACAGAGGCGUCCGUCCACCACAUGUUUCUCCGCCUUGUUCCUGCUACUUUCCAAAACAACCAGGUGAGCGGCCCGUCUGGCUUCCCCGGAGACCUGCGCAGGUAACGGGGUUGGUCUGCCUGCACGCACACGGUGACGCGCGGAUCUCUUUUUGUCGUUCCACUUUCGCCCCCACGGCUCUCCGCGUAGCUAACGGAGAACGGAGCAGAACCGGGGAACCGCCGAGCAUCAACCAGGACGGUUCAUGGAUCUACCGAGAGAGCGCGAGACCCGGCUGAUGGAAGGCAGGAGAAGCCCCGCAGCGAUAACCCGGAGAAAACCACCGAUGUACCUCGUCGGUAUCAUCUGCCUCCAAGUUCUGACCAUCCAGGCCACUGCCAUCCAGUUCACGAAGGAGCCCAAGUCCCAGGAUGCCUUGCACGGUCGCAGCGCCAUGCUGCGCUGCGAGGUCAGCGACCCGGCCGACAUCAGUUACGUCUGGCGUCACAACGGCCAGCGUCUGCAAAACGGAGAGAGGCGCUUCCAGGAGGGCAGCAACCUCAAGUUCACCGCCGUGGAUCGGCAGCUGGACGCAGGGAACUUCGUGUGCGUCGCAGAAAACGCGGCCACGGGAGAGUUUCUCGAGUCCACCAACGCCUCCUUCAAUAUCAAGUGGUUAGAAAGUGGUGGUGUGACGUUAAAGGAGCCCGCCUCAGAAGGGGAGAUCGAGAGCUCCGCGCCGGUCACGUUGCGCUGUCAUAUUGAUGGACACCCACGGCCGACGUGCCAGUGGUUCAAGGACGGGGUGAAGCUGACAGAGAAGAGCCACCAGAUCAACAACAAGGAGAGGACGCUCACCUUUACGAGUGCCAGCCCGGACGACAACGGCCUGUACUACUGCUGUGCCAAGAAUGCAGCCGGCCACGUCUGCAGCAACAGCAACUUCACUCUCAACAUUAUAGAUAAGAGUUUUCCGCGGCCGGUGGUCACUCCCGAGGACCAGGUGGUGUUGAAGAACGAGGAGGCCUCGCUCCACUGCCAGUUCACCGCCGUGCCGGCCCCCACGCUGGAGUGGUACCACGAAAACGAGCUGCUGGCAAACAAGUCUCGUCUGAUCCUGUUAUCCAACGGCACACUGCUCAUCACCCAGGUGAAGCCCAGGAACACGGGGACCUACAAGUGUGUCGGCCGUGGCCUCAGAGGGUCCCAUGUUACACUGGAGGCCUCCCUCCUCAUAGCUGACAUAGAAGACGUGGUGCCCAAGUACUCAAAGGUUUUCACAGCGGACACCCUGCAGCGGGUAGCCUGUCGUCCCCCACGCGGCAGACCUGAGCCCCAGGUCUGGUGGGAGAGAGGAGGUCAGCGGGUGCCCACGGAGGGCAGAGUGUACCAGGACGGCCUGGAUCUGAUCUUCAGUCCCACAGAGGAAGGAGACUCGGGCACCUACACCUGCGUGGCCCAGAACAGGGCAGGACGCAGGACACAGGAGGUCACCUUCACUGUGGCCACCGCCCCGGUGUGGGUGACGAGGCCUCAGGACAGCCACCUAGAGGAGGGUAAGCCAGGUUACCUUCACUGUCACGCUCAGGCCAACCCUGAACCUGAGGUCACGUGGCUCCGCAACAACAUCAUGAUCACGCCAGAGGACUCUCGAUUCAAGCUGUUCUCUAACGGCACCCUCAGGAUCAACAGUGUGGAGGUGUACGACGGGCAGAUGUACGGCUGUGAAACCAAGACUGUAGGCGGCCGACUGUCUGGGCAAGCUAGAGUUGGUGUACUUGAGAAGCUGAAGUUCACGCCGACCCCCCAGCCUUCUCAGUGCCUGGAGCUGGAUAACGAGAUCACCAUCCAGUGCUCUGCUAAAGGCAGAGAGAGCCCAACCAUCCGCUGGACCAAAGCAGACGGAGGAGAGCUGCCGCCCCAGGUGGAGCAGAGGAACGGCCAGCUCCGCUUCACCAAAGUCACCCGCAGCGACGCCGGCAACUACACCUGCAUCGCCUCCAACAGCCUCCAGGGGGAGAUCCGGGCCCUGGUGACCCUCAUUGUGGCAGUGUACAUUCGCUUUAAGGUGGAACCGGAGAAUACAACGGUGUACCAAGGUUACACAGCCAUCCUGCACUGUCAGGCCACCGGCGACCCCGAACCUCACAUCCACUGGAUGGCCAAAGACAAGACGCUGGACAUCAGUAAGAACAAGAGGUUCCAGAAGAUGCCCAAUGGCUCCUUGGUGAUUACAGAUGUUACUACCGAUGACACGGGCAGGUACACAUGUGUGGCCGGAAACAGCUGCAGCAUCAAAGACCGUGUGGCUAAGCUGUAUGUAGUGGAAAAAUUAUCGCAUUCCUUCGAUGAAGAAAUAGACAAGGCUCCCUACAAGAUGAUCCAAACCAUCGGCCUGUCGGUGGGAGCAGCCGUGGCUUACAUCAUCGUCGUGCUCGGACUCAUGUUCUACUGCAAAAAGAGACGCAACGCUAAAAGACUGCAGAAAGGCCAGGACGGAGAGGAGCCCGAGAUGGAGUGUCUGAACGGAGGAGGAGCUGUUCAGCAAAAUGGCCACACCACCGCUGAGAUCCAAGAGGAGGUGGCUCUCACCAAUAUGGGUACCAUGGCAACAACCGAGAAACGCCACAGCCACGUCAACAACGAUAAGCUCCACUUUCCUCGAGCAAACCUACAAACCAUCACAACUCUAGGCAAAGGGGAGUUUGGUGAGGUGCUGCUGUGCAAAGCUAAAGGUAUCGAGGAGAGCGAGGAGGAGACGGUGGUGUUGGUGAAGAGCCUGCAGGGCAGAGACGAGCAGCUCCAGCUGGACUUCCGCCGCGAAGCCGAAAUGUUCGCCAAGCUCAGCCACCCCAACGUCAUCCGCCUGUUGGGCCUGUGCAGGGAGGCGGAGCCCCACUACAUGAUCCUGGAGUACUAUGACCUGGGAGACCUAAAGCAGUUCCUGAGAAUUUCCAAAAGCAAAGAUGACAAGGUGAAAUCUCAGCCUAUCAGCACCAAGACCAAAGUUUCCAUCUGUGCCCAGGUGGCUCAUGGGAUGGAGCAUCUGUCCAAUCACCGCUUCGUUCACAAAGACCUAGCCACCCGAAACUGCCUGAUCAACAGUCAGAGACGCAUUAAAGUGUCGUCGCUCAGCCUCAGCAAGGACGUCUACAACAGUGAGUACUACCACUACAGACAGGCAUGGAUCCCGCUGCGCUGGCUCCCAUCAGAGUCCGUGUUUGAAGACGACUUCUCCACCAAGUCUGACAUGUGGGCCUUUGGAGUUUUGAUGUGGGAAGUGUUCAGUCUCGGGGAAAUGCCUUAUACCAAACUCAGCGACGACGAGGUGCUGGAAGGUCUGCAGACAGGAAAGCUGAAGCUGCCAAUUCCAGAUGGAUGCCCCUCCAAAAUUUACAAGCUCAUGGUCCGCUGCUGGGCGAUAAGCCUGAAAGAGCGCCCCUCCUUCACUGAAAUCGUCCACGCCCUGGGAGACCUGCCCUCUGACAGCAAAGUCUGAGACGCCCAUGACCCCACAUCCGAGGGGAACUUUGACCCCCCCCCCCCCUUCCUCCAAAAUAAAGACAGGAAUGCUGGAUUAUUAGUCUCAAACAUUUCAGGGAAGAGGGUUCGAGGAGGAAACACUUUUCUUAUAUGCAUUUCAAACUCUGUGUGUGUGUGUGUGUGUGUGUGUGUGUGUGUGUGUGUGUGUGUGUGUGUGUGGAUAAGACUUCUUUGGUACAUCAGUGGAAACGCACUCACGUUUGUGUGAAUGGCUUCUCGUGAGCAGUGCCGGGAGUUCACGUUUGCCUUAACCGCAGCAUGGAUGACCCUUCCCGUGAGUCUGUGGUUCCACUGUGACCCUGCCUGCCUGUCUGCGACCGCUCUGUCCCAGAGACUCUUUGUUUCACAGAGCCUCACAACCUCAGUGCCUCCAGCCCUCCACACACACACACACACACACACACACACACACACACACGCCCUCACCCAGACCUCCGACUGCUUUGUAGUAUGUUACAGUGCUCUCACUAGCUCAGAUCAAUGGAAGUUAUUGGUCUGAUGUUUAGGAAAUCCCUCUGAAAUGUAGGUUCACUGCUCCGUCAACUCUGGAAGAAUAUUGAAGGGGAGGCGGGACCUGAUGUGACUUCAUUGGAGCACUGAAGCUUCAACCACUCCGGAGUGUGUUGAGUGAGAUCGUUUAAACUGGUCCAAUCAAGUGCACUGGACUGUUCCCGCGCUGCAGUGCACGUUCAAAGAAGAAACGGAAUAGGGUUUGCAUGAAGGUUAGUCUGUUACGCUUUGUGAUUUGGGCCGUGAUGAAACUUGUGGAAAAAGUCAUCUGUGUUAUGGUAACACUUCAGGAACAUGAAAAAAAAGAUCAAGUUUAUAGCCAAGGAAUAUAUUUAAUAGAUGAUUGUGCCAGUGUGGGCUUUGUAUGUUUGUUUUUUUAAAGACUGUUCUGUUCUUGUAUUAACUUUGAGGUGCUUGUUGGUCACAACCUAUGGGUAAGAACACCCAUUACUCCACAUUACCAUGUUGCAGGCCUGCAGCCUGUCGCUGUCUUUAACCUGCGGCAUCAUUUCUUCAGAGGUCCAAUCAGUUUUCCUCCGGGUCCAGUUGUUUUGUGCGAAGUGGACCAUCACACCCGGCAAUGUGUACAUAAUGUAGAAGCCAUGCACUAACUUCACUUAAAAGAACAUCCCUCUUUAUCUCUAUCAUGUUGUGUAGUAGACCAUGCAGGUGCCUGUUUAUUUAUGAUGAAGGUCCUGUCUUCUUUUUUAUAACUAUGUUCAUAACAUAAAGGUACUUCUCUGAUGCUCUGUAUUCAUUCUCACUGUCCAUCUCGGUGUGCGUUCAGUCUGAAGAUGCUAACACAAAGUACAAAGGAGGUCAAAAGAGGGGCUGCUGGUCACCAGUAUUCAUUUAAGUGCCUGGUAAAUGAAGGAUUAUCUUAACUGUUUCCAAUUUUUAUUUUUUAUUUUUUUAUUUUUUUUUUUUUUUA